AGUAAUUAUCGUGGUUUGUUCCACCUCUAGUGACGAAAACAAACGCGAGGAUAUUACAAAAGAAUUUAAGACAAUUUUCGUAAUAAAAUAAAAACAAUUGGCGUCACCAAGUGGAGGACAACGAGGAACACAUCGCAAUGCCGUCGAGAACGAGUGGAUCUAGCGCCAGUGCCAAGGAGGUGGCCCAAGAUUCCCGGAAAGUGAUCAUCGGACCGAGGAGCAAGCGCAUUGCCCAGAACAAUCGCAACAGAAGUCUUGGCGUAGAAAAAAAACCUAUAGGUGCCCAGGCGCAGCGAACGUUCCCGCCAAAAUCCGAGUACGAGAAGUUCUACGAAACCGUAUUCCUGGCCGAGGAUUCCCAGGCGGAUGAAGUGACGACGGAACGUCGAAAGGCAGAACCACGCUUAAAGAGACCCCUGCACGCCCUGCUUGGUAAUGAGGAGGAGAAGCCGCCAGCUCCACGAGUAUCAAAGACUACCGAGUUGCAAAAAUCCGCUGAACCAGUCGUUCGAACCCAUAUUACCAAAAAACAAACUAAAGAGAAAUUUGAGGAUUUUUACACGAAAACGGAUCGUCACGUGUGGAAAAAGGAUGCCGAAAGAAUGUUAUUGCAAGUUUGGGCGCAACAUAUAAAGGACUUCCGCGGCGAGGCAAAGAACAUCCUUAUCUACCGGCAGAUGGCCAAGGAGAUGAGCCAGUUUGGGCCGAGUCACACGGAAGUCAAAACCAAAAUGGACAAUAUGUCGCGAAAGUAUCGUAUAGAAGCUGAGAGAGUCCGUGAAUCUGGAGUUCCAUCCAAGUGGGAAUACUUCCACAGACUUCAGGCACUCCUAAUUGGCACUAAAGCCGUAAAUGUGUUUGAGGAUAUAAUGAUCGAUGAUCCAGAACAAGCGCUGUUCAGCAAUGGGGAAUCUGAGAAUGAGGAAAUGGCUUCGAUGAAUGAUGAUUCCAUGGCUGAAGAUCUUCGGGAUGAACCCGAAAUUCAAUUGGACACGAAGGAAAAGAGGAAGAGAGCGCGGUCUCCGUCGCCAAUUAUCCCAGACAUGCCAGAAGAAGAGGAGGAUGAACCGCUGGAACAAAGAUCCCCGUCACCCAUCUCAAAAUAUCGCACCCAAACGAAGAUAGCUAUUAGCCAUUCAGAGAGAAUCCUUCAAAUAGAAGAGGAGAAACUGAUUAUCGAGCGAGAAAAGCUGCAGGUGAUGAAAGAAGCUCUGCUAGAGCUUAACUCCUUCCACAAAGAUAUAGUUCAUUUUCUUAAUCAUAAAAAUCAGUCAAAUUAAGUGUUAUUAAUAGAAAGCGGUUUGUACUAUCUCAGAUGAAUAUACAACAAAGAUGUUACUGAA